GUUGCUCCGAGAAGGGCAAGAGCCACCUCCUGCCGCGAGGGUCCCCGAGGAGCAGCCGGGCGCCGGGAGAAGUGCCGCUCCAGUCCCUCGCUCGCGCGGGCGCCAGGAAAUGGAUGGAGCCUUUUCUUCAUGUUGAAUGUCUACUUUUCAGACUGAUUGCUAAACUACUAUGGCAGGUCAAAGAGGAAAUCACAUGCAGUUCCUAUCCCCCUUGUCUUCUUCCACGGUGAACUGUCAUAAAUCUCCAUCAUGUUCAAGUAAAAUUCAUAGUAUUUGCAUGGUGUCCGAUUUUUUUUAUCCAAACAUGGGAGGAGUGGAAAGCCACAUCUACCAAUUGUCACAGUGCCUAAUUGAAAGAGGACACAAAGUUAUCAUUGUCACUCAUGCUUAUGAAGACCGUAAAGGCAUUCGUUACCUCACCAAUGGACUGAAAGUCUAUUAUUUGCCAUUAAGAGUUAUGUACAACCAGUCUACUGCAACAACUCUCUUCCAUAGCCUGCCUCUGCUCAGGUAUAUAUUUGUACGUGAAAGAGUUACCAUUGUCCAUGCCCAUAGUUCAUUUUCUGCUAUGGCUCAUGAUGCCCUGUUCCAUGCCAAGACAAUGCAACUACGGACAGUUUUUACAGACCAUUCCCUUUUUGGAUUUGCUGAUGUUAGUUCGGUGCUUACAAACAAACUCUUGACUGUAUCGCUAUGUGAUACAAACCACAUAAUAUGUGUUUCUUACACUAGCAAGGAAAAUACUGUGUUGAGAGCAGCACUGAAUCCUGAAAUAGUUUCUGUCAUUCCCAAUGCCGUUGAUCCUACUGACUUCACUCCAGAUGUAUCUAGAAGGAACAAAAGCACAAUAACUGUUGUUGUUGUCAGCAGGCUUGUAUAUAGAAAAGGUAUAGAUUUGCUUAGUGGUAUAAUUCCUGAACUUUGUCAGAAGUAUCCAGAUUUACAUUUCUUAGUUGGAGGAGAAGGACCAAAAAGAAUUGUAUUAGAAGAGGUACGGGAAAGAUACCAGCUGCAUGACAGAGUCCGUCUCCUGGGAGCUUUAGAACAUCAGGAUGUUAGAAAUGUCUUGGUUCAGGGACACAUUUUUCUCAACACUUCUCUCACCGAAGCAUUUUGCAUGGCAAUUGUGGAAGCUGCCAGUUGUGGUUUACAGAAUUGCGGGCUGCGCUUAUUGCUCUUGAAAGAUUCAGGAUGGAGAUUCAUGCUUUAUGGCUGGUGCAACAUCUUCUCUUUGCGCUGUGGGUUAACGGUCUACUGACAAUUGGAUUAGCAGGUAAGAGGGGUAAGAAUCUGCAUGUUUCUGUUUGCUCUUGUUCCUGAUGUCUCUUUUAUAAAGGAAACUUUCAAAGUAUUGAUUUCUGGUGCCUUCACUGGGCUUUUUUGAUUAUGUGCUGAAUUAAAGAAAGAUGGCAAACUGAUUAUAUUUCAGGGUGGCAAGCUUGAAGCUUUUACAUACAAACUCGAAAUGUUUGCAAGAGCUGCUUUAGAAACACAAUUUCCCCCCUACCUUGAGAGGUAGCAUGUGUGAAGUCUGGUAUGAAGUGCUCUUUAUUUUUUCUAUGAGUGCUGUGACUGGGACUUUGACAUGUAUCUCCGUAUGCAAAGGAAAAAGGAAAAAGCCAACCAUACUUCACAAAUGAGGGUUUUCACAUUUCCUCCUAUACAGAUUUAAUAUGAAGCGGCCACAAUGAUGGGAUGGAUUGGUGCCAUUCCCAUAAACAGGUCUUCUUGCAUAGAGCUGGAAUGGCAAGGUUGGCCUUUGAUUGUAUGGCCUCUCUUGCACAUAGACACAUUCACAAAGAAUGAUCUGGAUUGUUGCAUAUGCUGAAGCAAAUGUCACUCAACAGUGACAAAAAUCAUACUAUAAAAUAAGGGGCCUGAUCCUGUUGCUUUUAAUGCCUGAAUAGGGCAAAACAGUGACUUGAAUCCCAGGCAGGGGUGCCGACUUGCCCCCAACAUUGGGGGCGUGGUCAUGUGAUGCUGCCUGGUGUGCGCUGGGCGGGGGCUAUCUUUGUUUCACUCGUCCCAGCUGCAGUUUGGCUCCUGGGCUCCCAGGCUGCGGCUGGGAGGAGCAAGUGCAGAGAUUGCCCUCUGCACUUGUCCCAGUCACCUCCUGGCUCCUAGGCUGAUGGCCGGAGGCUGGGGCGUGCAGAGGGCACCUGGCAGUGGCAGGAAGUAAUAGCCCCCUCAAUAUUGGAGGGGGUGCUGCCCCCUGCCCAAAAAUAUUGGGGGAGCUGACUUGUUUCAGACUUAUUUAUAGUGGGUUUUUUUCCUGUGUGUAGAUCCACCCCCAAUAUAAGAUAAGAAAUCCUACCCUACUAUAGUCUCCAUUAAGGCAAAAAUAGACAUCAUUAUGCAUUACUUACAGAUUUUGGUCAGAAACAGAGUUGUAAACCAGGAGCAGAGCAGAGCACUCUACUGCCUGAGCCUUAAGGAACCAAAAUAACCACACUAGAACAAUGAAAUAGUAACUAUGCAGUUCAUGGUACAUGGUACAUCCUGAAUGUCUGUAUGCACAAGAUGGUGGCAUGUUCACACUCUGCGGCUUUGAGCCCCCGAGAAGGGUGUAUGCUGUUUGGAAUAAUAUGUGUAUGGAUGUGUUUGCACAAUGUGGUGCGAGGAGCGGACUUCACCUACUCACGCAUAGAACUGGUAAACAUUGGGCUUGCAAGGAAAUUAGAGAUAACGAGAGGGUUUCAGCAGUCCCACAGUAUACCAAAUUGCAUAGCGAGAUCUCCAGGUUCUCCAUGGAUUGUCAUCGGGAGGGGGAAGUGCCAACAGAAGCGAAAGAGAAAGGAGCGAAAACAAAGGUGAGGGUGCAGAGCUUGUUUGUUGACUUGGCUUUGAAAACAACCCACUAGACCAGCACUGCCAAGUGUCUUCCUGACUAACAUCAGAUCUCUCGUCCAUAAAUUUGGCAAACUAGAGUUGCAGAUGGCAGUAAGUAAGCCUCUUUGUGAGAGCUGUUUUGCAAUUAUUACGGAAACCUAUUAUGGAAACUUUCAGCGAUACCAGAUGCGGCAGUGGAGCUGACAAACCAAGUAAUUUAUCGCUCUGAUAGAAACAGUAAUUUUGGUAAGACUAGGGGAGGAGGAAUCUGAAUUUAUAUACACAGUAGUUGGUGUAUUAACAGCAGAGUAGCUUAUACGUACUGCUCCCCAGAUGUGGAAUUGAUGGUAGUUACAUGUAGGCCCCUUCAUGGAUCACUGCCUUGCUGUGGCGAAGGGGCUUGAAUA